UAUAUCUGCCUCGUAUUCUGCUUAUUCCUCUGGAUAGUAUCAAGCGAUCCACCGUGAUAGGCUGUUUGGCAAUAGGUCUUCCUUUUCGGUGGAGAGGCCGAGCUGCUGGAUGUGGAGCUGGAAUGACUCAUCUCAGGAUGAUCUACUGCGGUUCAUUAGAAGAAGAAGAAAAAGCUUACCAUUUCUACCUUUCCUAUCCCGCCUUCCCCAAUUCGUUGUCUCAAUUUCUUUAUUUGCUCUCUCAAUCUCCAUGUUUGCCUCUUUCACCUUAUUCCGACGUACCUUCUCUAACUUCUCCUCUUCCUCUAGUUGUUUUUUCAGCUUGACUUUGGCCUCCACAUACUUUAACCGCACAGCCGCUUUUUUCAUCGAGUUGUACGACGAAAAGACAGAGUCACGGAAAGUAUCUCUUUUGCGUCGCCUGUCUUGUGGUAUGGGAGGGGCGGGUGGCGCUGGAUGCUGAGGAUGAUCAUGAGAAGGCAGAGGUGGUCGGUCGUAGUACGGUUCGUAAGAAUACUCCCUCCAAUACCGAUCACUCCUUAUUCUAUCCCUAUCCCUUUCACGCCAUUGAUGCCGACGGGGAUAGUAGGUCUCAUCCGAAUAAUCGGUCUCUGUUAUACUCUCACUCUCACUUCUUCGUCGUCGAUGUCCAAAUCCAUCCCUUCCUUUUCGCUGUCUUCGCCUCCUUCUCCUCACUUUCCGUCUUCUCGUCCUUGAAGGACGAAUUGUACCUCCAUCACUAAUCGAAUCGUCGCUCUCACUCCCGGUCUCUGUUUCUGUUUCGCUAUCUGACCACAUCUCACUAUCGCUUUCACUUUCUUCCUUCUUCUUCUUUCCCUUCCUCUUGCCCUUUGCCCUUUCCCUCAUUCGAUCAACCAACUCCUUCUCUUUCUCAUUCUCUAUCCUUUUCCUUUCCCUCUCCUCAAUCUCUUCCUUCUUCUUUGCCUCUUCGACUUUUACUUUUUUCCGGUGACGCCACCAUAACCAUACCCCCACUACCAGCACGAGCAAAGCGCCGAGAAUGAGGGCGAGGAGCUGCCACCAUGAGAGGUGGGUGGUAGCCACUGCUUUGGCGAGGAUGCUUGUUGAUGUUGCGGAAGAGGAAGAGGAGGGAAGGGUUUCGGUAACGUAGACCCGUCGAUUGAGGAGGUUCGCUGUAGGGUAUUCUGAUUGUGUGGAUGAGAUAUUUGCGAGAGACAUGGAGUUUUGGCUUGGAUCGGGGGUAGGAUCGGGAAGAAGCCGGGAGGGGGAUAGUGCGAUGGGAGCCAUCUAUACCCAUUUGCCCAACAAGUCCUAGCAGCCAAAUCUAUUCGAGACGCUGCUGGUUGGAUCUCUGUAUGGAAACGAUUGCACAACGACAAAAUUACUAAGUUCAGAGAUGACACUUUGAAAAAUGGCAAACCCAACAGCUUAACGAUCACGAAGACUUCCUUACCCUCCCUUUCCAUCCCUCCAGCCAUCCUUGCAAGCCUUGAACAUCAACUCUCCUUCCUUUAAGUUUAGUCCUCCUUCUAGAAGAAAGGAAGUACUCUUUCGUGGUUGAUGGUUGGUAGAGAAUCUGCCUCGACUUUCCGUCCAUUCAGAUCGAGCUUUAACACCAUUACACAUCCUGUUGAGCCGCUGUCUGACUGCAAGGGCAUAUCUCGCUUUUAAUGAAGUACAAAGGCAGUAACCCCUUUCAGACUUCUCUCUACAUAACCAGCCUACCACCUGGUAUCCGACCUGCUCAUUUGAACCGAAUACUCGCUCACCCACCAAGACCACUUGGGAAAAGAAGAAGGAAGCGCGAUACCGGGGUUGAAUUAAUUCAAAUAUACACAAUCCCCAAGAAGCCCAAAAGACGAUAUCUUCCCAAAUCGAGGUCAACGCAACCCACUGGUCUUCUAGAUCCAAGACACUCUCCCCCUCAAGCUAUCGAACGCGUAGUCUCACUGCUUCGUACCAUCCUUUGUAUACCACACGCACCGGAUCUGGGACCACAACGUCCGGCCACUUCAACAGAAGAAGGUUCACUGAAGUCUCAGCUGUCGAUAUCAUCUCCUUUACCGUCAGGUGUAGGCGAUAGAAAUGGAACUGGGACAGAGGUUGUAGUUGAAAGAGAACUUGGUGAAGGGGAGCUUAAUGAGGACGAAAAUGACCAGACAACAAUGGUUGACGAAGAUGAGAACGUAAUGGAUCAGAAGCAGGAAGCUGACGGCGAGGAGACUGUGGGGUAUAUCCAUUUUUGCUGCGAGCAGCAUAUGUACCUCGGCAAACGUAUCCUUCGUCACGUUACGAUAGAUGGCUACCGACCAAAAGUCAGAACGAGGAGGUUUAAUGUUGGUAUUCUCAGACAUUGGGCGAGACCGAUAGGAAGGAUUACAACAAAUGUGGACAGGAAAGACAAACAUAAACCAUGAUGUAAGGACAAACGUUCACCAAGGCGAGGUCACUUUUGCCACCUUCAAACUUGUCACUAUCUUCCGCAUGUUGUAUCUAUAUUAUCGUAUCAUAAAACAGAUACCAGAUUCAUUGUAAAAAUAUGGAA